AUGGAGAAGUCUAUGGGAUCGCUCUCGCUCACAGACCGCAAGCUGGUCAUCGGCAUCGACUUUGGAACAACGUUUACUGGUGUCGCAUGGGCUGAAACGAGACGACCCGAUCACAUCUCCGUCAUCGAAUCAUGGCCCGCCCACGUCGGAACACAUGAAGGCAUGAGCAGCGUCAAAGUGCCCACCGAGUUGCGAUAUACCACAUCAAAUGGAACAGAGAAUAUUGAGUGGGGAUUCCAGGUCCCCGCGCUGGUCGACCGGUAUCAGUGGUUUAAGCUCGGCCUUGAUGAAAGCAAUCCGCUCGUCGCAAACAAAAGUUGGGGCGAAAAGACUCCAGAGCGGCUGACACAGGACUAUCUGACAGAGCUAUACAAGCACAUCAUGUACACGUUAGAGCAGAAGCUUGGCGCUGCACUCCUGCGCACCAUCCCGCUACAGUUUUCUCUCACCGUGCCGGCUAUCUGGACUGAGGCCGCGAAGGAUAAGACAUUGAAAGCGUGCCAGAAGGCUGGAUUUAAGAGCGACGAGCCCAUUUCCCUUUGCUCGGAGCCGGAAGCAGCAGCAAUCUAUGCCCUACAUGGCCUCGAUCCGCACGGCCUCGAGGUUGGCGACUCCUUCGUUCUUUGCGACGCCGGUGGUGGAACAGUUGAUCUGAUCUCCUACACUAUCACGGCACUCACUCCGAUUCUACAGGUGAAGGAAGUUACAACAGGCACCGGUGGCCCCUGCGGCUCAACAUUCCUGAACCGACGCUUUGCCGAUUUCCUCACGCGGAAGCUCGGCCGCGAAGAAGGAUGGGACGACGAAGUCCUGCCCGAAGCCAUGGAGCGGUUCGAUUCUGUCAUCAAGAAACAAUACUCGCCCACCCUUGACGGGAAUCAGGGCUACGUCAUUCCGGUGCCUGGGCUAGCGAAUAACCCACAUCUCAAUGUGAGACGAGGAAAAGUGACCGUUACACCGGAGGAGAUGCACUUUAUUUUUGAGCCCGUCAUUCUCAAGGUUAUCCGGUACGUGCAGGAUCAGAUUGCGGCAUGUGAUAACGAGGUGACUAUCAAGGCGGUGCUCUUGGUCGGAGGAUUCGGACAAAAUAGUUACUUGAAGGAGAGGAUGAGGGAUGCGAUCAAGAGCGUGGAGGUGCUGCAGCCCCCGAACGCAUGGACGGCUGUUGUGCGCGGUGCGGUGAUGAUGGGUUUGAGUCAGACCAAGGCAUUGAGAUCAGUGGAUGUCGUAUCGCGAAAGGCGAGGAAACACUACGGCGUUGAGCUACACUGUCCCUUCAACGCAGCCAAGCACGAUGCGUCCCAGAAAUAUUACUGUGCCCGCUCUGGCUUCCACCGCGCUCCCGAAAUGAUCUGGUUCGUAACCAAAGGUUCAACCAUCGAAGAGAACAAACCAAUACCAAUCGACUUCCACCAAGACUUCCUAGUCAGCAACGGAAAGCCACAGAUGCUGUAUAUGGAUAUCUGGGCAGAUCCGGAGCUCACUGACGCCCCGGUGCACAAGGCCAAUAGCACCAAGACACUCGUCACGCUCAAGGCGAACCUCUCGGGCAUUCCGCAGUCGGAUUUGGAUAAGACAGUGAGAAAGUGCCACGAUGGGAAGAACUGGUAUGAUAUUGAUGGUGUUAUUGAGGCGACGUACACAUCUGCCGAGACGACGUAUGUCCUCUUCUGCCAGGGGAAGAGAUAUGAUACUGUUAGGGCGGAGUAUGCUUAUUAG